GCACCGAAAAUAAGGAACACACGCAGAACAAGGAUGAGGGCCUUUGUACUGUUGAGCUGUUGUUUGGCUCUGACUUCCGCUCGGCCGGAAGCAGGAUACUCAUAUAACCGUCCGUCGACAGGCGGAGGCUCUCACGGAGGCGGUGGCGGCGGCGGCGGCGGCGGUGGUGGCUACUCGUCCGGUGGCCACGGAGGCGGUGGCGGCGGCGGUGGUGGCGGCCACGGUGGAGCAUCGUUCAGCUCCGGUGGCGGCAGUGGAUUCUCGUCCUUCGGCGGCAGCGGAUUCGGAGGUUCAUCCUCGUUCAGCUCCGGCGGAGCUAGCAGCUUCGGAGGCGGCGGCGGCGGCUUCGGAGGUGGUGUCAGCAGCUUCGGAGGCGGCGGCGGCGGCGGCUUCGGAGGAGGCGGUGUGAGUAGCUUCGGAGGCGGCGGCGGCGGCUUCUCCGGUGGAUCGCAGCAGGCCAUCAUCCAGAAGCACAUCUACGUGCACGUUCCGCCACCAGAGCCAGAGGAGGUCCGCGUCCAGCGACCACUGCAGCUAGCCCCGGCCCAGAAGCACUACAAGAUCAUCUUCAUCAAGGCCCCAUCGGCUCCGGCCUACCAGGCACCACAGAUCCCACUGCAGCCCCAGAACGAAGAGAAGACCCUGGUCUACGUGUUGGUUAAGAAGCCCGACGAUCAGCAGGACAUCAUCAUCCCAACGCCAGCCCCAACUCAGCCCAGCAAACCGGAAGUCUACUUCAUCAAGUACAAGACCCAGAAGGAAGGCGGCCAAGGAGGAUACUCCGGAAAUGUUGGCGCCAGCUUCGGUUCCGACAUCAGUGGCUCUGUUGGUGGUCAUGAUGGUGGCGCUGGACACGGAGAUGACAUCAGCGGAGGACACGGAGGCUCGGCCCCGGCUGCCCAGUACGGACCACCCGGCAAGUCCGGCCCAUACUAAUCGAACGGAACAUUCUGACCAUUGAACGGAUUCCGGACCACGUAGCUAGUCGAAAACAAAACAAAUCAAACGCAUCCAAGUGGCAGUUGACACAACCCACAAAAGCACACAUACAAACACAAACACAUACAAUCACCUUGUUAUUUGUUGACUUUCUGCCGAGGAGGUUCCGAUUUGGCGCUCGAUUCCCGCGGUCGCUUACUGGAGAGAGCGCGCGCCGGGAGCCGCAAACCGGAACGCCGAAGCCUCUGUUGUACAUAGGAUUUCUACUUCACAAAGCGAAGAAAGCAAAUUUUCUUAGGACGUAGGAAUUAUUUUUACAACUUAUUAUUAUUAAUUGUAAUCUUGUUUAAUGUUUUUCUUAGAAAAGAUAUGCAAAUUAAAACGGUGACAAAUUUUUAGAAAAAAAAAA